GUCGGCUGGGCGUGGAGAGGCAAAAUGGCGGAGAGCAGAUUAACGCAGCACGCGUCUGUGAAGCGGAAGGUCUUCCAGUGGCUCUUAAAAAUCUUCAAGGAUGAUGCAUUGGAUGGACUCGUCCAGGGGCUGGACGCAGUCCCGGACGUGGGCGACCUCGUGGAGCUGCUGCGGGGCGCGGGCUACCGACUGAGCGCCGUGGACAUGGGCGCGAACUCUUCCAUGGUGUCCGCCAACGCGUCGACCUCCGCGUCCGCGCCGCCCGCCGCGCCGGGCUGCCUCAUCACCAUCAAGUGCCCGCGCUCGGGGCUCGGCGUCACCAUGGAGUCGGCCGGCGCCGCCGAGUGCCGCUGCCCCGACACGCCCGCAGAGGACCACAGCGCGUCCACCUGGAGCGUCGUCUCCAGCCAGGAGACCUCGUCGGCCGUGGGCAGCUCGCUGCUGCCGCCAGUGCCGGGCGACGUGUCGGACGUGGUGGCGUCGACGGUGCGGUGCGCGGUGCGCAUCCUGCGCGAGUGGCCGUCGGCGCGGGCGCCUCCGCCGCUGGGGGGCGGGGUCGCUGCCGCUGCCGCUGCGGGCGCCCUGCCGCUCGCCACGCCGCGCCGGCCCGCGCCGCCGCCCCCGCCCCCGCCGCGCCGACCCGUGAGCGCAGAGGGCGUCCCGCACUACGACGCCUCCGCCACCUCCGCC